CAUUUUCUCGCUUAUUACAACGUCCUUAUCUCAUCAAUCGCACCAGCUUACCACGUGUCAGCCAUCAUACGGUUCUGAACUCCAGCUCCUUCUCUUCCCUUCCUCCUACCAAUCCCCACCUCCCUGCUUUCUUGCUUUCAGUUUCAUUCUCUUCUCUCUCUCCCUAUAGUGAUUGCUAUCAGUCUUUGCAAAGGGAGUCUCUGAAUUCUAUCCCUCUCUUACUUGAUUAUCUAUUCAUUUCAAAGCUUGUUAUUGCUUACAGGUUUUAGUUAUUGUUCGGUGCGCUUAAUGAGAUAAAUUGUUAGCUGGUGGGAUAUCAAUCAAUGGGUGGAAUUUGUUCAAGGAAGAGAGAUCAACAGGCUAUAGAGGUAGGGGUGCGAAGUGGGGUAUUCGGAAGAUAUAGUAAAAGUGGAAGUUCAAAAUGGCUGGGAAACUCACUUGCUCGACAUGUUACAGACCUCCAGCCAGGAGGCAGUUGCCCAUCCCUCAUGGAAUUAUGCAUACGCAAAAUACGAGAGGAUAUCGACAAAUAUAGUUCAUUUUCAAUUCUUCCAAGGGAUAUAAGUCAGCAAAUCCUUAAUGAAUUGGUACUGUCACGUUGCCUUACUGAUGCUUCUCUUGAAACAUUCAGAGAUUGUGCUCUUCAGGAUGUUCUUUUAACUGAAUAUCCUGGAGUAAAGGAUAGUUGGAUGGAUGUUGUCUCCUCACAAGGAUCAUCUUUACUUUCUGUCGAUCUUUCUGAUUCUGACGUCACAGAUACUGGAUUGGGUCUUCUCAAAGAUUGCUCAAACCUCCAAGUCAUUACUUUAAACCAUUGUGACCACAUUUCUGAAAGUGGACUGAAUCAUUUUAGUGGUCUUACCAACUUGACAUGUUUGAGUUUCAAAAAGUGCAAUGCUGUAACUGCUGAAGGAAUGCGUGCCUUUUCCAGUUUGGUUAACCUAGAAAAGUUGGACUUGGAAAGGUGUCCCCGGAUUCAUGGUGGACUUGUUCAUCUCAAAGGAUUAAUCAAACUAGAGUCUCUAAAUAUGAGAUGCUGUAAAUGCAUAACAGAUUUGGACAUUAAGGCACUCUCAGGUCUUACAAACCUCAAGGAGUUACAAAUUUCCAAUACUAACGUUACUGAUUUUGGAGUUUCAUAUUUGAGAGGGUUGCAGAAGCUUAUUAUGCUGAACUUAGAGCGAUGCAAUGUUACCACCUCAUGCUUGGAUUCCAUCUCUGCUCUUGUUACCCUAGCAUACUUAAACCUGAACAGAUGCGGUUUAUCAGAUGAUGGAUGGGAUAAGUUUUCUGGACUGGAAAACUUGAAGGUGUUGAGCUUGGGAUUUAACGACAUAACAGAUGCAUGUCUGGUGCAUCUAAAAGGCUUAAGAAACUUGGAAAGCUUGAACUUGGACUCUUGUAAAAUUGGUGACGAAGGACUUGCUAAUUUGACAGGCCUUCCGCUUAAAAGUUUGGAGUUGUCUGAUACUGAAGUUGGAAGCAGUGGGCUCCGCCAUCUUUCUGGUUUAACUCUUCUAGAGGACUUAAAUCUGUCGUUCACCUUGGUAGGUGACAAUGGUUUAAAAAAGUUGUCUGGAUUGACAUCUCUUAGAUCACUCAACUUGGACGCUCGCCAGAUUACAGAUGCUGGACUUGGAGCCCUUACAAGACUGACGGGUUUGAUCCAUCUAGAUCUUUUUGGGGCUCGCAUUUCAGACUCUGGAGCAAAUUAUUUGCAAUACUUCAAGAAUCUCCAGUCCCUUGAAAUCUGUGGUGGAGGAUUAACUGAUGCAGGGGUGAAGAAUAUUAAAGAGCUAGCUCACCUGACAGUUUUGAAUCUAUCACAAAAUAGUAACCUUACAGACAAAACCUUGGAGUUGAUAUCCGGACUGACAGGACUGGUGUCAUUGAAUGUUUCAAAUUCUCUUAUAACCAACGAGGGAUUGCGGUAUCUGAAGCCUUUGAAAAAUUUACGUUCAUUAUCCCUGGAGUCUUGCAAGGUGACUGCAUCAGAAAUCAAGAAACUUCAGCUAACUGCACUCCCCAAUUUGGUAAGCUUUCGGCCAGAAUACUGAAAGCGCUUGUAAGAUACUGUAUAUAGUCUGUCAUCAACCUCAUGUAGCUUCACUGUACAGUUAAAUAAGAUUUAUUUUGCAAAGAAACAAGCGGGUUGGGCACAGGGGUGUGAUAAAGGUGCAGAAAGCCAAUGUUGUAUGUAAAUAUGGGUUCGCUGUUAUAUGAACUGUAAAUAGUUGCUUAUGUUGUUUCAUCAGAUGUUAUAGGCGAAGACAUAUUUUAGCUUAUUUUUUGGUUCCAAAGCUCACAUUUUUAAA